CAUCCCAAAAUACUUCUGUCAGUCAGUGUUUGCAAAAAUUCACGAUAACAAAGAGAAAUCGCCCUAAAAUUCCAAUUAAAUGAAUUAGUGGAAUUCCAGUGAUGAUGGAGUCAGUUCAGGGAAGGAUAAUAGCUUCCGCUGGGCGGGAAAUUACAGACAAUCAUCCCGUGGCAGCUAGUCUAUCGAGCUCAUCUACUCACUCAGACGAAAUCUCAACGUCUUCUGAGAUCUCCCAGGCCAUCCCACACGGUCUAAUCCGGGAACAGUGGCAAUUGGUGUUGGGUCAGGAGGCUUCGAUGAUGGAUCUGCAGAAUGCCAUUGAGCUCUGUCGAAAAUUGGUGCUGGAAUAUGAAGAAGGGAGUUCAGAGAGGAAAUGGAUUGUGCGUCAUCUGGUCGAGCUGAGAUUUCGUCUCAGAGAGAUUCAGGAUGUGGCUGAAGAUCCUGAGGGUGUGGCACCACCAGCUGCCCGAGUCAUUUUGGGUCAUCAUUUUGUCACCAGACAGAUUCUCAAUGUAACCACGAAGCAGUACUGUGAUCACUGUACUGGGAUUAUUUGGAGUGUUGUCCAGGCAUCCUACAUAUGUUCCGAUUGCUCCUUUUGUGUCCAUCACAAGUGCCUGAAUAGUGUUCUGAGAGUGUGUGCUCAUGUGGUGGCCACUGAGAGGAAGAUUCCCAUCGAAGACAUCUGUCCGGAAGUGGGAUUGGCAGAGCAGAAGUACAAAUGUGCCGAGUGUAGCAUCCCUCUCACCUUCAACAGGCAUACGAGUUUUUUGCUGAUGAACGAGCCCUUUGUUGCAUGCUUCAGGGCAAAGCCCACACGGCUCGAAGAAUUGCCAUGGACAGAGGCACGCCUCUGUGACUAUUCUGGACUGCAUUACUGCCCAACAUGCCAUUGGAACAAUACCAGUCCAAUUCCAGCUCGAAUUGUCCACAACUGGGAUUUUAUACCGAGAAAAGUUGGUAGGGCAUCCCUCCAGGAACUGAUCCUACUGCAUGACAAGCCUGUAAUUGACCUGGAGGAGCACAAUCCCAAAUUGUUUGCAUUUGUGCAGAAAUUGGCGCAUGUAAAAAAGAUCCGGGUGGAUCUGUAUCAUAUGAAGAAGUAUCUCACGGAAUGUCGAUUGGCAGCGGCUGAGAAGAUCUUAGACAAUAUAUCCGGCUCUAGAAGGUAUCUUCUUCAGACGCCGGAAAUGUACAGUGUAGCAGAUCUCGUGGCUGUUGAAUCUGGAGCUCUGCAUGAGUUCCUCAACAAAAUCUACGACGCAUUCGAGCGUCAUAUCCGUCAGUGCCAGAUUUGUUCAGGAAAAGGUUACCUUUGUGAGGUGUGUGGCAAUAAUGAAGUAAUAUUCCCAUUCGACGAUUGCUCAAUUCCCUGCCGGAAGUGCAAUUCAAUAUUUCAUCGUGUGUGCUGGCUGCGAAAGAACCAAACCUGCAUCAAGUGCAUCCGGCUCGAGAUGAGACGAUCACGAGAAGAUACAAGCUAACGAGAAGAGUAAAAAUAAUAUUUUUCUAAUAAAAUUCCACGAUUGACCGUUUUUUCUUUUGAA